AUGGAAACUCUGGAGAAGUUCUGUGAUGUUCUGAUUCAUCGUCGUCGGUUUGUGUUGGGCUUUUGGCUCAUCCUUGGAAUUUGUUGUGGCCCAUUUGCUUUGAGAUUGGUGGACCACUGCAAGUUUACCUUUGAGCCUGUGAAGGGCACACAAACUUAUGAUGCUCAAUUGGCCUUUGAACGAGAGUUUCCUGACAAUGUGAAUCAGGACGUGGAGUUGAUUUUGAUCAGCUGCCACAGCUGCAAAUCCAUCGCCAACGAGAGCUUUGCUUCAACGGCCGUUCAGCAGUUACGCGCAGUUUGUACAUCCUUAGCCGCGUCUCAUCCUGGUGUUCUCCACAACUGGACGGAUCACUUGCAAUUCCUUGAGUCUUCACCCGGACGUCUUGGGGUUCCAAGCCCUUUCCUUGCGAAAUCCAAUCAGACGAUGCUCUUUCAACUUUCCUGGACUGUGGGGCCCAGACAGCGUGAAGUCAUUGGAAUGCUGGACCAGAUUCGCAAGACGGUCAAGGAGCUCCGAGCAGAAGCGGGUAGCAACGGCAGCGACCAUUCCAUCAGCCUGACAGGGCAACUGGCACUGUUUACGGAUACGCUGACCUCCACCAGGCACGACAUCGAAAAAAAGGAUCUCGUCGUGAUGCCUUUCGCCUUAUUGGUGCUGGCCGCGCGAGUUGGCUCUCUUCGCUUGAUGCUGAUCCCCAUUUGUUGUUUGAUUUUGAGUCUAUCCUCUGCUCUUGGACUGUUCCUACCCUUCGCUGUCUUCGUUGUGGAUAUCUCACCACUGGCACCAAGCACCAUGGUUUUUCUGGGAAUUGCUCUAGCCAUUGAUUACUCGCUCUUUAUGUUGACACGAUACAUGGAGGAGGUGCAAUCUGGUGCUUCCACAGAGAUGUCAUUGAAAUCCAUGAUGAGACAGAGCGGGCACGUGGUGAUGAUCAGUGCUUCAGUUUUGAUCAUUUGCUACGUGGGUGUUCUAUUCUAUCCCAGUGGCGGCAUCGCCACCAUUGGCCUGGGAGCAUCACUGACCGUCUUCCUGUGUGCAGCGACGAACUUGAUGCUGACGCCCAGCCUGAUCUCUACAUUUCCAGGUUUCUUUGGUGCUGAAAGCGCUCGAAGCAGAAUCGAGCGCCGAGCAGGUCGCAGGUGUGGAAGAAUCAGUUGUUGCUCUGGAGGCUGUUGGCAGCGGAUUGCUCAUGUUGUGACAAAGCAGCCUGGCGUGAUCCUGAUCCCCAUCGCUUGUUUAGCCUUUCUGCUGCCAGCCUGUGCUGUUUUGAUGCACUACCACGAGAGCUUUGCCAAUACCUUGACCUUCCCUGCAAAAUCGGACACCAGUUUGGCUUAUCAUCAACUGAUCAGUGAGUUUCCAGCUGGGAAGCUGAGUCCUCAGUAUGUCUUGAUUCCAGCGGGUCCGAACAACGCCACCGUUCGAAGUGAUGAGUACUUCAAUUUCAGUUGCGACAUCGCAAACGCGCUCUUGCAAGAGCUAUCAGUAGAACCCUUUCAUCUCAAAGCCACGGAUUUUCUGUCACCUGCUUUGCUUCCUGUCCCAGUACCUUCGUUGGGUCCUUCGGGUAGCUCAGCCGAUGGCGAAUUGAAGUGUUUGCGUUGGAAUUCUACAGCCAAAGAUGCUCGGCAUCCUUUUGGUCCCAUUACUGCAGAAGUCUUGUUGAGCUUACCUGGAGAUGUCGGUGAGUCGUACCGGGAGCAGUGGAACAAGCUGGUCAGCUACAAGACCGGAGAGCAUUCCUCACUCUUGAUGCUGACAGUUCCAUUUGAUCCUUUCAGUGACACUUUGUGGCCGUUUGUGAUCGCUGCACGGAAUGCCAUCGCCAAAGCGACGGGCAACCGAACAGCAGACGCUCAUGUCCUGGGCAAAGACAUUGUGACAACCGUUGAUGAUGCACAAUCCAACGUGAUGUUGUUUGGCACGCUCACGGUGGUUUUUGACAUCGUGCAAGUGACCUACGGACGCCUGCCAUACAUCGUCUCAGGGACGGUUAUAGCAGUUUUCUCACUGAUAGCCUAUGCAUUCAAAGCGGCUCUGGCCCCGGUCAAAAUGCUUGUAACAGUGGUGGUGCCCUUAGCUGCUGUCUUUGGCAUCGCUGUGUGGGUCUAUCAAUUUGGUGCUCUGGAUUGGCUCCCCGGAGGCCCAGGAAACAAUCCAUUCACCAGUCCUCCAGGGGGUGGCUUCUAUUGGGCUGCACCCGUGUUCACCUGCACCAUCAUCAUCGGCCUGGCCCUGGACUAUGAUGUCUUCCUCUUUGCCAGAGUCAUAGAGCUCCGCAAAAAGGGCUACAGCAAUCCUGCUGCAGUCCGAGGAGGUUUGACAUUGACAGGUCCCACCAUCACUGCAGCCGGACUCAUCAUGGCAAUUGCCUUUGGAGGGCUUCUUCUCAGCGAUGUGCCCAGCAACAACCAGAUUGGCUUUGUCAUGGCAUUCGGAGUUUUGAUGGACACCUUUGUGAUUCGCACAUGUUUGGUUCCAUCAGUCCUGACACUGGCAGCGUCUUUGAACUAUUGGCCACAGCGAAUGCCAGAGCCAGGGCCUUUGGAGGUGGAAAUGCUACAGCACGACUGCGAGCCUGAUUCACCCCUUGGCAUCCCCUGGGCAUCCAGCAGGGUUCCUCGGCGCAUGCUGUCCAUUCUUGGCCCCCGCUUGGCUCGGAUGGAGACCUUUCGCUGGGCUGAGAAGGCACGGUCCCCUGCGAAGCAAAAUGUAAAUGGGCGGCUGGCAGAACUGGCACAAGAUCUGUGGUCGGAAGUUGAGGCAGCACGGAAAUGGGCCUUGGUGUUGGAUGCUCCUUCUUUGUCGUCCAGCACUGCCUUGUUGACUGCAGGAUUUCGCGCUCAGCAGAUUGUGGUGCCCAAUGAUAGUGAUGCUGUUUUCCCCAACAACAGCUCAAGUAAGGCACUGGUGAUGAAGGGCCUCAGUUUGAAUCAGUUCCUGAAACAAAAUCAGAUAAAUCAGGCAGGCCGAGGGGCGGCAAGGGACCAGAAGGUCCAGAAGUACGGACCUUUCAGUUGCGUCUAUUGCGACUUCACCCAAUGCCUGGAUGGAAGCUGGAAGCCAUCCCAGGAGUUGGAAGAUCCCACGCUAUCACUUCAGUCCCCUUCAGAAUCACAAUAUGCCAGUCCUUUGGAAGACCUGCAAAGCCUCUUUCACGGAGAGCAUUUGGACGAGGAUGGUGCCCUUUUAGCCGUGACCUUAGCCCAUCUGCGAUCUCCUCAACGGAUUCCUGUCACCGGUGCCGGUGGCGAUCAAUGGCAACGGCUGCGGUUGUUGCUGGGUACCUUGGCGCAGCAACGUGGCUUGUGCGGAGUUCCUGUGGAACGUUUGGAGUUGAAGGGCGUGGCGACAGAGUUUUGGAUCAUCGGGAUGCCAGGCUCUAAGAGAUUGGGGAAGGCAUUGAGAAAGCAACUGGAACGCGUUCAUGGGACGGGAUACAAGUGA